AUUUCCAAACCUCCACGCAUAAAUAAAAUUAGAAAAAUCGAAAUAGAGAGAGAAAACGGCAGUUCUUGGCCGCCGGCGGUGGGUUUUUCCGGAGAGAAAGAGAGCGGAAGGUGGGGGAGCUCGUGAUCUGAGCUCUGGUUCUGGUCGUUCAAUGGUGUAUAUUGGUGGGAGGGGAGAAGAGUCAGUGAGGCGACGAGCCGGUGACGGUAACGGCGGUGGUUUGGCGAUGGCGAUGGGGACGGAGAGAUCAAAACCGCCGCUCCACAAUUUCAAUCUCCCGAGCUUGAAGUGGGGGAAUCAGAGACAACUCCGAUGCAUGAAUCCCCCGGAUUCGAGUAAUAGCGGCAGCACCACCAACCCCAGGCGAGAGAGGGGAAUCUCGUUCGAUCGCCACCGGCGGAGCAGCCGAUCUCCUCCGUUGAAAUUCGCCGCCAGCUCCAGGGAUUACGAGGCCAGGCAUCACCAAUUCAAGAAGCCGAGGCCGAGAAUUGGCGGCGCGGGCGGCGGCGGCGGCGGUGCCGACGAAGGGAUCGAGGCUUUGGGGGAGAAGCUCAUGUUCGAUUUGAAGACGGCGGCGGAUAGGAUGAAGGACGAGAUUUUGAGGAAGGAAGUUUGCGACGAAGACGAGGAGGAGGAAGAAGAAGAAGAAGACGACGUUGCCGACGGCGAUCGGGACGCGCGGCGCAAAUCUUCAUCGCCGCCGCCGGCGACGGCGGCUAAAGCGGCGAUGGCCGUAUCUACCGGCGGUGGAGUAGAAAAGGAGCACGAGCCGCGGCCGUGGAAUCUGAGGACGAGAAGAGCGGCGUGUAAAGCUCCGGCGACGACGACUAACGCGCCGAUCGGGGCAGGCGCAUCGGCAAGCCUGGCCGGCGCCGCUACGGCGAAGGGGUUGAGGAUUGAAGAGCCGAAGGAGAGCAGCAGCAGGUAUUCUCCUAUCAGAAGUGACAGCGGGAAAUUGCCUCGGCUCAGAGGCGGUGAGAAGAAGGAGCCGAGGGCUAAGUUCACGGUGGGUCUGUCGAGGAAGGAGAUCGAAGAGGAUUUCAUGGCGAUGAUCGCCCAUAGACCUGCCCGGCGGCCGAAGAAGCGACCAAGAAUUGUUCAGAAGCAGAUGGAUACUCUCUUUCCUGGGCUGUGGCUGGGGGAAGUCACCGUCGACACAUACAAGGUGCCGGAGAUUCCUGAUAUCGGAAAGAGAUAGUAGAUGUUCAGGGUUUGAAGGUGAUUGCUCUUUCCUGCUUUCAAACUGGGUAUAGAACUUGCAGAGGUUGAAGAUGGGGUGGCACAAAUCAAAGCAAAGCACACAAUCUCAGUGGGAAUUAGGGACUUGAUAGAAGAAGCAGGUUGCUUCUACUUACUCCUGAUGGCUCAUUCAGGUGCCUUGAAAGUGUUAAUUUUUGUUCUCUUCACAAAACUUAAUAGUUCUUUUAUUUUUAUCAAAGAUCAUGAGAGUAAUAAUGUCCUGUAAAGAAUAGUGGGCAAAUGCUUCUUAGAUAGAAGGGACAAACCCCCUUCUUCUUUGAGCUUCUUUGCUUCUUUGGUUUCUCAAGUUUUUCUAGGUUUGAAUCCUCUGACCAAUGUAGUAGUCCCUGGGACGCUAUUGAAAAGUUGAAAUCUAUAGUUUCUUCACCUGUUACCCUAUGUUCUUCUCGGGUUCCUGCAUUGUCAGUCCGGGUCAAAACAUCAGUGUUUGGGGACCUGUUCAUAUGUUUGUGCAAUUCCUGAACAAGAACACUCAAAAGUCUUUGAAGCCGAAUACCACUCUUGAAGCUUCGACACGUCUGACUUCGAUUGAAGCAUCGAUGCUCGCAGCAGCAAGAAUGGUUUCAUUUAUUGGUCUCCGUGGGUUCUUUGAACUGCUGCUGUAGCAUAAUGUUGGCAGUUUGUACCGAGAACCAAGAGCUUUGAAGGGGGCAAAACUUAGUCCAAUUAAUGUUGCAGCCUCAGAGGCAUGGCGUCUGGUGUCCAGAGAACUGGGAGGAGCUUCAGCAUUCUGUUGUCACCUGUUUCAGUUCAUAGGAAAGUUCAUUUAAACUCGGGC